AUGUGGGGGACGGUCGGAAUUGACCUGAGUUUAUUCACUGUACUGAUACUGAUGAGCUUUGCAGCAGCUGGUCCAGCGGUUUACAACGUGUCUGUAGCAUGUGACAGUUAUGGAGUCGUGGUGGACUGGAAAUCAUCUGGUCUCGGCCCACAAGCAGAGUUCUUGCUAGAGCUCAGAGAAAACAAUGGAGGGGUAAUAACCAUUAAUACUACAAGUCAUAGCUACAACAUUACCGAUCACCUUGGAAAUGCUGCAUUCAACCACUACUUCGUGAAAGUAAAAGCCACUGAUGAUCAAAAUGAUACAGUGUUUUCAGAAUCACAGAUAUUCACCUAUAAUCCUCAUUCAACAUCUUUUCUUCCUGGACCGAUCGUCUGUGAACUCGAGUUCCCAACAGUCAAACUAUUACCUCGAGAUGGCCAGUUGACUGUUAGUUUUAUCAACCCUUUUCAUCUGUAUGGACACACACCUGCUCUACGAGCACUCGACAACCAGUAUGUGGAGUAUGAAGUCAACAAGCAGAAACAGUUUUGCACCUCAGAUAUGUGUGAAAGCAAUGUAUCAUUUUCAGAAGAGCAGGAGGAGUACUGCGUUACGCUCUCUGGGCACAUCAGUCAAACCCCCAUCAAGGAAACAAAUCCCAUUUGUUAUCGUGGCACACUCAACCCUGAGAAGAAUGCAACUGUAUCAGAUUCACCACUCAUCCCUGUGUUGAUUGCCGUGACCUGUACUCUCUUAUUUGUGGUUCUUGGGAUGGUGUAUCUGGCGAAAAAAGCUGAAAGAAAAAUCAUGAAGAAAAACCUCACCAAGUUUCCAUCAUUUCUGGUGAACAAGCCCACACACACUCCUGUUGUCACACCUUUAAAGAUAGAAAGAGAACACGUGGUAAAGAAUCUACAGGUGGAACCGGCUAAAAUUUCCCCAAAUUGCGACUUACCAGAAAGCACCACCCUGUUGGAAAGUCCAUCCAACGAGGACAAGUUUUCCGAUUUCUCAGGUGAAGAGAAGCCUGGAGAAGAAUUAGAAAACGGAGAACUGAAAGAACAAGCUGACCAGGACAGUGCAGAUCCAUACGGUUACAAAAUGGAGCUGUCAAGUGGGGGCUUGUCUGAGGGAUAUGACUGUCCACAUGCUAAGGUAGAAAUAAGUCCCGGGGACAUGGUGGCCGGUUACGGGACCCGACCAGGUCUGUUCUGA